GUUAUGCAAAUAAAGAGCGGUGCCUUGCAAUUGAUGGGAGCCAGUGGUGCUGGAGAGAAGAGCGCAUUUUCUGUGUGGAAAAGGGACGGACAGACUGUCGUGGCGUUGAAAUUGAAUCUAAAUACCAUGGCAUCCAAGUGUCCAAAAUGCGAGAAAACCGUCUAUUUCGCCGAGAAGGUCACUUCCCUGGGAAAAGACUGGCAUAAGUUCUGUCUAAAGUGUGAGCGCUGUAACAAGACUCUGACUUCAGGGGGCCACGCUGAGCAUGAUGGGAAACCAUUCUGCCACAAGCCGUGCUACGCUGCUCUUUUUGGGCCAAAAGGUGUCAACAUUGGUGGUGCAGGGGCAUACGUCUAUGAUAACCCCCCUGUGAACUCCCAGCAAACGAGCGCCGCAGUCGAGUCGGCCCCCAAAACGGAGGAGGAGAGAAAGACCUCUGGACCCCCCCGGGGACCUGUGAAAGCUGCAAGCAUUACCAGUUUUUCAGGAGAGCCCAAUAUGUGCCCCAGGUGUAACAAGAAGGUUUAUUUUGCGGAGAAGGUGACGUCCCUGGGGAAGGACUGGCAUCGCCCGUGUCUACGUUGUGAGCGUUGCAGCAAGACCCUGACUCCGGGGAGCCACGCAGAGCAUGAUGGGCAGCCCUACUGCCACAAGCCCUGCUAUGCAACUCUGUUUGGACCAAAAGGUGUGAACACUGGUGGGGUGGGCAGCUACAUCUAUGAGAAGGACCCAAGCUCUGAAGCCCAGCCCUGAGCAGCCCUGAGAAGCAUGCAGCUCUAGCUCUUCCUACUGUCCCACUACCUGGGGAAAAAAAACCCAUCCAUAAACAGGGGUAGCUCUGCAGUCACCUGGACCAAAACAAUGCAAGGGAAUCAGGAGAUUUCCAUUGGCUAAUAAAUUAUUCACUGGACCACCCACUAUAAAUAUAUUCACUCCACCAAGGCCUCUUAUUAACUCUUUCAACACUGCAGACCUGUAACAGGGCUUGGAGCACCACUUAAAACACCACAUCAGUCUUGUUUGGCCAUACAUGUUCAUAAACCACUUUUUUUCAGUAUAAGACACUGAAAUUGGUUAAUAACCUAUUCUAGUGUGACCUUUCUGUAAAGUUUCUGAAAUAUUUCAAUAUAUAGUGCUGGAAGAAUUACAGAAGGAAUACAGGGUUGUAUAAAUAUUAUCACGACCAUUGCAGCGUGAGACAAGGCCUCUUUGUGGUAAAAAAGGGGCUGCCUUUUCUUAACAAAAACAAAACAAAACAAAAAACCUUCCAAGCUAAUCUUUUAAGCACGUCUACUCUGACAACCUGCUAUAAAAAAUGAAACCAAAUUUAUAUUGUUAGCCUAUUAGGUGGAUUCCAAAUAUUUAUCUGAUUUUGAGGAAUACCACACACUUGCCAAGUUAUCUUAAGAACAUUAUUUACAAGUGAAUGUCUGGAGUAUCUUAAUUUGUCUUAACAUUUGAAAAUUUAUUGAAUACACAUUUUUUUCAAUUUGGGUCUUGUAAAGUUCAUUUGAGAUAGAGGGGCAGAUCUUUAAAGUGGACAAUGGACAUACAUUUAUUUGUAAUUUAAUACAAAUUACCAUUAAAUCACUAUGACCAGCAACGUAUUUGGUUAUUAGGGAACAUCCUAAAUAAUGCAGGAGCACGACCGCUUCUAUACAGAAGAGGGCGCUAGGUACUUCUGCUUGCCCAAACAUUUAUUGCCCAACUGUUAAUUUGUCUACCUGGUGACUGAAGAACUGUUCCUGUUCCUUUUUAUUUUAAGAGUAAUACUGCUAGUAGUAGAUAUUAGGCUAGAAACUGCAAACUGACUGGGUAGAUAAGCUAAGCAUUAUGUUUUUAUGUUAUGCAAAGUAACUGGGCAUGGAAAUUCAGGGCUUUUUAUGAGAUUGUAUUAUUAAGAUCUUUUGUCUUUUUGAACCCUAAUUAAAAAAAAACAGUUCUUAUGCCA